GGGGCGCUAGAUAAGAAAGAAAGUGUUUAUCCUGUGAAAUGGCGUAGGCCUACCUAGAAACCUGAGAAAAUGCCUGGUAUUUCCAUAUCCUUUUAUAUAUAAUCGUCCCAAGAAAGACUUUGGAAGAUGUCUUCUGAUAGAGCUCCGUCAAAGUCAGGAGUAAGGUCCAAGGCACUCUCAUCAUCAAACAGGAGUCCAAGACAAGGUUCCUCAUCUCUGUACCAUGGAAACAAAGAUUUGUCUCCCAGGAUAUCGUUGGACCUACAAACUGGUAACCAAACACAUCUCAAUAGAUCACCUUCACCUCAGAUCAAUGGCAGGGUAACACCACUCUGUCUUGACAGAGGAUCACCAUUGGACCAGCUAGAAAGGGGUCCUAGUGGUUUAGAUGACAAGAGUAACAAGCCCAGACUACCACCUGUGUCUCCUUCCAUCAAGAAGAAAUCUUCAAAGCAGGUUUCCCCAAGACAGAAGUCGGGGACGAGGGCUCUGGUGCCAAAGUCUACAGGAGCCAUCGCCUCUCUCAAGGCAGCCAAAGAAGCUCUGCCCAUGGUUAAGAAGGAUGGCAUGUAUUUCCCUAAAGGAUACACCUGUCGUCCCAUCAUUCCUGCUCAAAAAGCUGAGCUGAUCGACGUAGCACGAGCAAUGAACAGAGAGGAGUUUGGUCCAAGAGUAAAGAAACUGUUUGAUCCUGAGACUGUAGCUGCUACUGAAGCUAUUAAAUCGGGUGUGUACAUUGGUUGGCGUUGUCCAGAGUUUACAUGGGAUUGCAUCAGAGUAGGUCGUCUAUCAAGGUGCUUCUGUGGUCAUCUCCUUCAAGAACAUACACCAUACAAUGGUCAUAGUGUCCGUGUACCUUGCAAGCAAGAUGUCUGUCGCUGUAAAGCCUUUGCGUUCAUACCAGGCCGUCCAGAAGACAUUGGAGAAUUCUGGUUUCAGCGCAGAAGGAACUUUGACCCCUCCACAUGGAGAGCAAAAUGCAAGUGUAAACACACCCAUGAGCAACAUGAUGUGACUGGAUUAAGAAGAUGCAAAAUUGGGGGCUGUGGCUGUGGGGCUUUCCAUUCUAACUUCCUAUGUGCUGCAUGUGAUCGGCAUUGGGAGGAUCAUGAAACAGUGUUUGAGACUGAGACAGAAAGAAUGAAGAAAAACAUUCCAUGUGGCCAAGACUAUCUUCCAUUUAGUGAGAUGCCUAACAUGCGUAACAUGGCACUGACUGGAGUGGACAGUGAUCCUGGCAUCUACACUGCCCUGGUUGAGGGUGAGGGAGCCAUUCCAAGGACUAACCGAGCCAUCACGCAGGACACACCCUUCAUGCCUCCAUCGGGGUCAGGGUUCAAUCCUGUAUGGGAGUAGGCACAGUUCUUUUGUGCUUGUUACCCUCGAAACAUAAGUUUGGGACUUACUCGCUGUUUUUGGAAAGUUGAAGAUUGGGACUAGACAAGAACAAAGAGUACUAAUUGAAUCUCUUAAAUCAGAAUAAAGAAAUAACUGACAUCAGUGUAUAAACUUGGUGUAAUAAUUACAAUGUAAAACAUUUUUUUUCCCGCCUGAGAGUAUUAUAUACCUAGAAGAUAAUGUAUAUUGCGAGUUGCAGAGAGAGCAGUUAUCCACAACAUUCUGUGAAUAUUCCAUCCAUGAUGUUGAUUAGGAUGUACAUUUGGAAAGGUUGCAUUUAAUGUAAAAAUAUAGGAACAUUCUUUAUAUAUAUGUGAAAAUGUCUGAGUGUAGACCUAUUUAAAUAGUGCAAUAGUAAAUACCAAUGAAAGGGUAUACCCGUAGAUACAUUUUAUAAGAUGAUGACGUGGAUCCUAAUCAAAUGAUUGGUUGAAAGCGUACACGUGACCAGGCAUUUCUUUAAUUUGGAUAAUGACCGGUCAUUAUCCA